GUCGGAGCAUGAUGCAUGAUGGGCACGAGGCUCGCGUCCCCCGACGAAGCGGAGAAGGCUUGGAAGGCUUACUACGCAGUGCUAGGCUAGCGCUAGUGAUAUGCUGUGAGGCUUCGCAUGCGCACCUCAGAUUCAGAUAGAGGGCAACUUCGGACGCUGAUCUGCGCGGACGCAAAAGGACGAAGGACGUCCUUCGUCUGCGCCGAACAAACGUUUCUAUUCAGUACUUGCGCACGGUCGAUAGCCACAUGUAUACCCGCGGGGAUGGCAAUGCGGUGCUGCAUUCGUUUAUGCAGAGGCCCGAAGCUCGAAGCGAAGGCCAAGCUUGCACAUGCGAGUCGCGAGGAUGUGGAGAAGGUUUGUGAAAUUUUUGGGGAUUUGUAUUCUGCGAUGGCGGCCGCGCGGCGCGGCGGGUCGCGAACAAGAAAUGUCGACGAGCAAUUCACAAAAAAAGAGAGCUCUAAGCCCCGGAGCUUGGUGGCGUCGUCUCGAGCGACCUUGUCCCUGGCGACUCGUCACUCGGCGCAAUCUCGGGAGACGUCGACAGCCCGGGUAUCAAAAGCUCAUAUUAAUUGUGGGGCACGGAGAAUGGAGGCGGCGCACAAUAGUGCGCGGCAAGGACGUUCGACGUAGUACAAUUGCCUUCCGCACAUAGGCACCGCUCCUCAAAUUCAAAGCUCACGCUAUAGUAGCGCUCACUAGUCACUGCCCAUGGACGCUUAAAAACGUUCGCUCGAAAGAUGAACAAGCCAUUUGCUGAGAAGGGCGCUUGUCCAGCGUUACUCUAGUAAGCAGAGAGUAUUUACAGGGAGGAAACAUUUGCAUGAUCACUU